AUGAGGCGUCCUUCGACAUCGAUGCGCGGGGUGUCGAUCGCCCUGUUCAUCUUGCUCGCCGUCGGCGCUCCACAGGCCCAGGCCGAGCAGGCAGCUGGCCUCCCCUCCUACCUGAGGAGCCUGGUGGACAGGAUCAAGGGAUCCUAUGUCUCAAAUGACCGCGUGGUCCCAGUGUCCACCAACCUCCCCGGCCAUGUGGGAGAGGUGGAGUAUAUCCGCGUCACCCUGUUUGGUCGCGCCUGGUUCCAUGCCAAGCGCCUGGCCGGGCUGGGCGGCUCCUACCAGGACGCCGUGUAUGCCCAGGCCCAGGGCCUGAAGAACAGCGCCGGGGAGUCCUGGGACCAGGCGACCGAGACCGCCCAGAAGGCCUGGGAGUCGGGCAAGGAGACGAGCCAGCAGAGCUGGGACGACGCAAAGAAGGCAGCGUGGGACACCUGGUCCUCCACCGCCAAGGGCGCCGCCAAGGGCACCGCCGCCCAGGCCGAGGGUGCCACCAAGGGCGCGGUGAAGGAGGCCAAGGGCGCGGCAAAGGGCGUGGUGAAGGAUGCGUCCGCCACGGUGAAGGAGGCGUCUGACACGGCCAAGGGCGCGGCCGCCUCCGCCGCGAGCUCGGUGGGCGGCGGCGCGCAGCAGGCGGUCGACACGGCCGCCGACUACGCCAGCGCCGGGUACGACAAGGCCGCGGCGGUGGCCUCUGACUGGGCGGGCGCGGGGUAUGACCAGGCCUCCAACUCCUGGCGCGCGGCCAUGGGCCAGGCGUACAGCGCCUACCGCACCGGCGCGGGCAAGGGCAAGGGCACCUGGGAGGACGCCAAGGCAACCGCCUACGCCGCCUGGAAGAAGGCGGAGGGCAAGGCGCAUGAGGGCUACGAUGCGGCCAGCGACGUGGCCAGCGGCGCCUACGAGCGCGGCCUGGACGCGGCCUACGCCAACUGGGAGAAGACGCGGUCGCCCGAGACGUGGGAGGGCGCGCGCGACGCGUUCGUGGACCUGUGGCGCCGCGGCACCGAGGACUGGGAGGAUGUCUCCGCCCGCACCUGGGAGCAGUGGCAGCGCACCAAGCACGAGACGGGGCAGACCUGGGACGAGGCCAGCCGCGCGGCGGCCGACUCCUGGCGCGACGUGCGCUCCAGCAGCUGGCUCUCCGGCUACUUCCCCGAGCCCAAGAAGGCGGCCAGCUCAGUGUGGCUGAAGAACGCAUUCCGGAGCUGGUGGGGCUCCAAGGAGGCCACCCAGCAGCCCUGGGACGAGGCCAAGGCCACCGCGCAGCGCACCUUUGGCGUGCUGCAGGACACCUCCCGCUCCAGCUGGGAGGAGGCCAAGGCCAAGGCCCAGAGCGCGUGGGAGACCACCAAGGCCAAGACCGGGGAGAGCUGGGAGGAUGCGUCGGCCAAGACCUGGCGCAACUGGUACAAUGCCAAGGCUUAUGCCGGCGGCACCUGGGCCGACGCGCAGAAGGCGGCGGACGCCUACUGGGCGGAGACCAAGGGCAAGAGCAAGGACGGGUACCAGGAGUUUGCCGAUGCGGCCUGGGAGAACUGGAACGAGGCCAAGAACUCGGCGGGGCAGAGCUGGGAUGAGGCCGAGAAGGCGGCCAAGUCCUACUACUCCGGCGGCUUCUGGGGCCACAAGAAGAAGUCCUGGGAGGAGGCGGGGAAGGAGGCCUGGCAAAACUGGGUCACCGGCUCCGCACGUCGCGGGCACCCUUGGGCUGACGUCGAGACUGCCGCCAAACGGCGCUGGGAGGAGACCAAGUCCGCCAGCGGCGAGACUUGGGAGCAGGCCAAGGCUGCCGCCGAGAAGGCGUGGAAUGCGCGCGCCCCGGGCCAUUCCUGGUGGGACAACCUGACCGACAGCAUCGCCUGCUCCUGGGACGACACCAAGUGCCGCGCCAGCGACGGCUGGACCUCCCUGAAGAAGUCAGUGGGGCCCAGCGAGGCGGAAAAGGCGCGUGUCCAGGCGCACCAGAAGGUGGAUGAGGUGUUCGAGAAGACGAAGCAGGAGCUGUGA